UGCGCAGGCACAACUGAAGACGCCCUGCGGACCUGUGACCCGGAAGUGCUCCUGCUCGUUCUUUCCGGUCCUUUUCACCAGGUUUCGGCUGCAGGAGGUACAAUUGCCUCUUGUGUGUGGCCAGCCUCUCCGGUGAAUUCCUGCUGCGGCCGGCGCCUUGAAGUCGGGAGGAGAUGGUGGGUCGGAACAGCGCCAUCGCCGCUGGCGUGUGCGGGGCCCUCUUCAUCGGAUACUGCAUCUAUUUCGACCGCAAGAGGCGAAGCGAUCCCAACUUCAAGAACAGGCUUCGAGAACGAAGAAAGAAACAGAAGCUUGCCAAGGAGAGAGCUGGGCUUUCCAAGUUACCUGACCUUAAAGAUGCCGAAGCUGUUCAGAAAUUUUUUCUUGAAGAAAUACAGCUUGGUGAAGAGUUACUGGCUCAAGGUGAAUAUGAGAAGGGUGUGGACCAUCUGACAAAUGCAAUUGCUGUGUGUGGACAGCCACAGCAGUUGCUGCAGGUGCUACAGCAAACUCUUCCACCACCUGUGUUCCAGAUGCUUCUCACUAAGCUCCCAACAAUUAGUCAGAGAAUUGUAAGUGCUCAGAGCUUGGCUGAAGAUGAUGUGGAAUGAAAACAAAUCUCAACAUAAUAAAAUCUCAAAAAGAUUUUAAAAAUUCUAAGCUCAGAAGUUGAACAACUGGGGGAAUAAGGGCAAAUAUGCUUGUUAACGGACUGUGCUACACUGAAAUCUACCAAAGUUAAUGUUUACUUUGUGUAGAUCCAUUUGUCUAUUAUUUAUUUUUCCCAGUGAAAAGUGUAUUUUAAUAGAGAGCUUUUCAUUUUAUAAAAACACUAUGAGUUACCAAAAUAUGAAUUUUGUUUAUUUCUUAGACCUGCAGUUAAAAUGUACAUAUAUCAUUUAAAAACCCAGUGCUUAGUUUCAAAGAACAGGCAAAAGGGCUGGGAUUGCAGCUGAGUAUCGAGUACUUGUCUAGCGUGUGUGAGGCCCUAGUUUUGGCCCCAGCACCACAAAAACAAAGUGAAAAAGUGUAGGAGAGUGGUGAAUGUACAUUUGUAAAGCUAGCACAUUUUCUUAUGAGAGUUGGAUAGAGACUUGAUUGUAUUUUUGAAAAGUGUUACAGUGAGAGGUCCUUUCCUUUUACUCUUCAACACGCUGCUGUGCUGUACUAAUGGCUCCCACCUCUUUCCUUGAUACCAGUUUUGAGCAAUUUUAUUUAAAUCAGUGUACUUAAUGUUUGUGGGUAUUUAUCUUGUGUUUUAAGUAUAUGUGACUACAAGUAGUACGGGGAAUUAAAUCCACGUACCUAAUCUCACCUAUGAGCUUCACCGGUUGGAGUCUGCUCACUCUCAUUUAUAAAACCAGGGAAUCAACUUUGGUGAUUUUGAGGUGUCCCUUUCAAUUUCUCCUUCUUUUGUUCUAUUCAGCAUCUUCAAAUUCACCUUCACCUGAGGAGUGUAUUUGGCCAACCAGGACUUGCAUUUUUUUAAUAUUCUGAAUCUUGCAUGCUUGCCUGACUUAGUAUUUCUGAAUUAAUCUUUUGAUUUUCACUGGAAUUGGUCAGUUCUGUGACUUUGUAAAUUUGAAAAUUAACCUUUAAGGUAACUGGGAUCAUCUGCCUGUAAAAAUGUUUAUUCCCUUUUGCUUUCAUCCUCUGUACGUUUCAGGUUGAUUAAUUUAUAUCAUAUAAUGAGUGGGAUGUAAUACUGACUAAAGACCGAAUACAGUUUGUGGGACCUCUUACUCUCACAGUGACAUAUUGUCUGCCAUUUCAGAUGUGAGUCAGUAUCAGAAUUGAGAAUAAAGAUCUUUGGUACUUAAAGACA